AUGACAACAAAAAAAAUAGUUAUUCAAGGUCUCCUACAUAAAGAAAGACCUAGAAUAUUAACAGACAGUUUAACUAGAACAACCAAUAAACAAGUUGAAAUAUUAACAGAUCCAGAAGAAAUAAAACAAGAAGUUAAAAAU